GUUUCCCUACUUGUAAUCGAUCUUAUUUGCAUUUUGCACCUGUCGAGAUUGACGCCGCGUUUUCGUUCGCGGGUUAUAAGAUCCACCCGCUGCUGGCAUGAUGGCCGAUGAUCAUGGACCGAAACUUCCAGCCAAGCAGCUCGCCAUUUUGGCUGUGGCACGUUUUGCCGAGCCUCUGGCGAUGACCUCUGUCUAUCCGUAUUUGCCAGAAAUGAUUGCCAGCUUCGGCGUCGAACGAAAGGACGUUGCCAAGUGGGCUGGUGCCACGAGCGCAGUUUUCUCACUGGCUCAAAGUUUGACAGCUGUGCCUUGGGGAAGAGCUUCCGACAAGUUUGGAAGAAAACCAGUGAUUAUAACGGGGCUGGUUUGUACUAUGACCUGUUUCUUGAUAUGGGGUGUCUCUACGAGUCUUGCGAUGGCGAUCACUGUGCGAGCUAUUCAAGGAGCAAGUAAUGGAAACGUCGGUAUCAUCAGAACAAUGGUUGCAGAAAUGGUGCCAGAAAGAGAGUUGCAACCAAGAGCGUUCUCGAUUAUGCCGCUUGUCUGGAGUAUCGGCUCGAUCUUUGGGCCUGCCUUCGGCGGGUUCUUCGCAAAUCCAGCUAAGCAGUUUCCGUCGCUAUUCGGUGGGAGUGAAUUUCUCAAGGCCUACCCCUUUGCGCUGCCCAAUAUCCUUGGCUCGGUUAUAUUUCUUAUUUCCGUGACCACCGGAACACUCUUCUUGCAAGAAACAUUGGCCAGCAAGCGAGGCGCACGCGAUUGGGGCUUGGUCCUUGGAGACCGUAUCACCGAAUCAUUGACCAGACAAAAACAUCAUCGGGUGAGACGAUACUCUUUCCAAGAUGACGAGGCCUCCGCACCUCUCCUUCCUGCAGAUGUAUCACACAGAGCAAAUAAGAUUGGUCAGCACAGCAGUCCACCGCGCCCAACUUACAAGGCUGUCUUUUCGCGCCAAUCAGUCAUCAACCUGGUCUGCUAUACCUUCUUAGCCCUCCAUUCAGUUGCCUACGAUCAGAUUCUCCCCGUCUUCCUCAAUUAUCCUCGUGAUGAACACGAUCCUGCAAAAUUCCGCCUUCCGUUUGUCUUCACCGGCGGCUUCGGUCUUACAUCGGGGAGUAUUGGCACAAUCUUCACUAUCUAUGGUAUUGUGUGCGGUGUGGUCCAGUUCUUGUUCUUCCCUCCGCUUUGCAAGCGUUUUGGUGUCCUUAACUGCUAUAAAGCUUGCGCAAUUACUUUUCCAGUCGUAUAUGUUCUCACGCCAUUCACAACACUUAUCGAGGACGAGCGCGCACGUCUUGCAACACUGCUAAUCGUCAUGUGCCUGAAGGCAUUCUGCGUCAUCAUCGGCUUCCCUUGCACGACUAUUCUGCUUACGAAUAGUGCAACGAGCUUGAACAUCUUGGGUACUUUGAAUGGAUUUGCGACGACAUUCAGCGCACUUGGCCGUGCUUCCGGUCCGGCGAUGACGGGUGCCGCGUUUACUUGGGGCGUCAGACGCGGCAUCAUCGCCAUUCCAUGGUGGCUGCUCGCUGUCAUUGCGUGCAUUGGAGCCAUCCCCGCCUGGUGGAUUGAAGAGGGGCAAGGCCCUUCGGUGUCAAGUUCAGCUUCGGACUCAGACACAGAUAGUGAUGAGACUGUCAUCGAGGAUGAUGGGAACAAAAACGAGCCGCCAUCUUCAAGAUCUCAGGCGAUUUUUUUUGGUGACGGAACAGAUGAGCUGGAUGCCACCGAGCACGAUUCCGUGAUUCACGAUCCUACAGCCCAUGAUGACUUGCCUCUUGUUGGCAGUAUGAAGAGUGACAGUGGCGUAGGUUAUUCGAGUAUGACGCGGCAGAACAGCAUACCCAAGACUACCGGGCCGAGUUACGGAAGUAUCAAAAUUUGACUUUUUGUCUCUUGAAUUUUCAAUCAGCACAAUACAGCUGCCUAUAAACGAACUUACGGGUGUAUAUCAAGCAUUAACGGAUGAAUAAUGGAUACAUGAUGUGACGUGGCAUUUUUUAGGCGUUGGCCUUGGAAUAGGCUGGGUUCUUCAUUUUCAGGCUUGGUUCUGCAGCAUCAAUAGCGCACAAAGAUUGGA